UUGAAUCGGCCCAGUUUGUAUUAGUUGGACGAGCAGAAGAACGAGACGGAGAAACGUGUAAGAGCCCUAACUGCGGAUAAAAGCGUUUCUCUGCUCCAUCAUGGCAGCUGCGGAGUAAUUUAGAAGAUCCGGCCCGUCGCGCGGAAUCGUGACCGACGCCCGAAUCCACCGCAUUUCUGAGGAUGUUUCAGCUGGUAACUGCGCGAGGAUGCUUCCGCUGAACGUGCCCAAACUGGGCGUCUGUUACAAUGCUGAAGGCUUCUUGGUUUUUGUUUUGAACGCGGGCCAAACACAGAAUCACUGCAAAGCCUGAUAUGGACAACUUUAACGCUCCUCUCUUCUGCCAUUUCUAUGACGAACAUUGCGCAGUGCAGUGAAAAGGCUAUAUCGUUUAGUGGCUGUCGAACUGGUGCCGAAUACAUUACCUAAUUCAUCUCGGUGUUAAUUCCCGGUGCAGCCCAUAAACACACUACCGAGCGUGUUGGUGCACAGUCAAUGUAAGGAGCUUCGUCCAGCGGUGAGAGCCACUCUCCGAGGGUACAGAUGCGAGGCAAACAAUAUCAUCAACCACUGAAGUUGACAGCGCCUUGGGAGAAGGAUGCGGGCUUUGGAAGGAAGCUUAAAACAUACAGGAAUCAUACCAAGAUAAUAGCACAGCCUGGGAUCGUGAUGAAAGUGCUACGCAGGAAGAGGAUUGUGUUAUUUAUGGCCUAUUUGUUACUGCUCGUGCUCACUAUGCUUAACUUGGCUAAUUAUAAAUGGACUAAGGAGCCGCAGCAGUGUAAUCAUCAGAUGAGGAGCACCACUUAUCAGAGCAGAUCUGACAUUCGCUUCCUGUACAGGCCCUCGCUGGCUAAGAAGAGGCAGCUUAUCUAUGUGCUGACCACCUGGAGGUCAGGCUCUUCCUUUUUUGGGGAGCUGUUUAAUCAAAAUGCAGAUGUGUUCUUCUUGUAUGAGCCAAUGUGGCACAUCUGGCAGAAACUGUACCCCGGUGAUGCCGUGUCAUUGCAAGGGGCGGCCAGGGACAUGCUUAGCUCCUUAUACCGCUGUGAUCUGUCUGUUUUCCAACUUUACAACAGCCCGGGAGGUAAGAAUUUCACCUCCCUCGGACUGUUUGGGGCCACCCUCAAUAAAGUGGUGUGCUCAUAUCCCCUCUGCUCAGCCUAUAGGAAGGAGGUGGUGGGGAUGGUGGAUGAUAAGGUGUGUAAAAAGUGUCCCCCUCAAAGCCUUAGACUGUUGGAGGAAGAGUGCCUGAAAUAUAGCACCAUAGUCAUUAAAGGGGUCCGCAUAUUGGAUGUAAAUGUGCUGGCCCCGCUCAUGGAGGAUCCGUCCUUGGAUUUGAAGGUGAUACACUUGGUUAGAGACCCACGGGCAGUAGCCAACUCCAGGAUCAAAUCCAGACACGGCCUCAUACGGGAGAAUUUACAGGUGGUCCGCAGCAGAGACCCCAAACUCCGGCGGAUACCUUUCGUGGACCCCGGGCACAAAGCUAACAAGAAGGAUGGCUCAGACUACCACUCCAUUGGAGCCAUGGAGGUGAUCUGCGACCGUACCUCCAGGACUUUGAGGACUGCCUUAAACCCACCCAGCUGGCUGAAGGGGAAGUACAUGGCCGUACGUUACGAAGACCUGGUCGAAAACCCAGUUAAGACCCUGAGGAGCGUCUACCGCUUUGCCAACCUCACUACCAACCAUGACAUUGAGAUGUUUGCUUUGAACAUGACCAGUGGCUCCAGUUCCUCAUCUAAGCCAUUUAUAGUCUCCUCCAGGAAUGCCACACAAGCUGCAAGUGCAUGGAGAACAGUGCUCAGCAUCCAACAGAUCAAACAAGUGGAAGACUACUGCCACCACUCCAUGUCAGUUCUAGGUUACGAGAGAGUGAGAACAGCCGGGGAGGCUAAGGACUUGAGCAAAUCACUACUGACACACUCCAGACUGUGAAAACAUCCUCACCACCAAAGACCAUUUAAUUUAAUGUUAAUUUUGCAUAGAGUGCCAUUUCCUUAUAUUGUGGAAAUAAAGCUUUACUUUAAGUCAAUGUUCCUGGAUCUACAUCGGCCGCAUUUGGAAUGUACCGUCAGUCGAGCAGUUGCAGCUCCGUUGAAAAGGACCACUUCUUUUAUACCGGAACACCAGACGGGACCUUAGAUCUUGACACUGCAACGUCUAAGAACAAUUGACUCAAAGCUGCAACUUUCAGAGAAAAAAAAAAAG